GCGGUGGGCGUGGCCUGAGCUCCCGCUCCGGUCGCCCGUGGAGACACCGGGAGCGGCGCUCGGAUCAUUACACUGAUAAAAUCAAGGCAAGCUGGACAGGGAGCAAGUCUGCCUAUGUAGUGUGCAGUGGACGCCUCUGUGUAAAAGCUGUUCAAGGUGCUGUGCUGCCUUCUGGAAUAACAACCCCCUGUCUUUCCAAGCAGAACUUCCCUCCUCCACUGAAAAUGUCUGGCAAAACAGCCACCACGACCAACAACAUCACCCAGGCCCGCAGGACCGUGCAGCAGCUCAGGAUAGAAGCCUCCAUAGAGAGGAUAAAGGUGUCCAAAGCCUCUGCAGACCUCAUGCUGUACUGUGAGGAGCACGCCAAGAAGGAUCCCUUGCUCAUGGGAAUUCCAGCUUCUGAGAACCCUUUCAAGGACAAGAAAACCUGCAUUUUGUUAUAGGAGAGGGGCAGCUCCUCCUGCCCAGCCCCUGCCAGCCCAGCUGGGCUGACCAAGCACCACCACUCCCCCAGGUACCUGCACCCCGUGGCUGCUCCCUGACCCUGUACAGACCAUUCCCUGAGCUUCCCAAGGCAUUCCUGCUGAUCUCUGGCUCUAUUAGGAUUUUCCUGACUGAAUCCCUGUCUUUCCUGCCCAAGGGAAUGGGCUCCAGGGUCUCUGCAUGGGGGGUCCUGGUGGCAUUUGCCAACUCCAACACGACCAAAGUUGCCUGAGCUUUGCAGAUAAAAAGCAAAGCUGUAGAGACCUGAUGAAAUCACUGGGUUUACAUUUUUUAAAA